GCGCGGGGCCGAAUACGCGCUGGGCUCGGGACUGCGCUCAGCUCCGCGUCGUCGUCCAGCCAGCGACCCACCAGCAGGCGAAUGGCCUCCGAGGACGCUCCCGGCCCCAACGGGCCGCACGCCGUGCACAACGUCGACGACAAGCGCGGUUCCGCCGAGUCGAUAGAGCCUCCGGAGCGGCGGGCGCGGCUGGUGGUGACCCUGGUCUGCUCGCUGAUCCUGGUCGUUGUCUUCACGAUGAUCAUCUACCGCAUGAUCAACGAGAAAGGCGAGUCCGUAGCAGCGCAACGACGCAAAGCGAACCAGAAGCCCCUGAGAAACUCUGUUACAGCGUACGAGACUCCGCAAAGGUCAGCGAGGACGUCCCAUAUACCACGCGUGGAGCCACCAGUACUGCCACCACAUACGGUACCACCACCUCCCCAUACUGAUGUUGAAAAGGCACCGUCAGCAGCGCCGAACAAGAGCGAAGAGACGCCGGUGGGUUCAACGUCCGAAACUCCGCCAGGACAGUCCACAGAGCCAGGCACGUUAGUCUCCAUGUACGCUUCUUAA